AUGACUACAAAACGUAUUACUCAAGAAUCCCUGAAAUUCCAGCGCGAGCCUCUGGAAGGAUGCUCAGCAAACCCCGUCAAUCAAGAUGAUCUUCACCACUGGGUGGCUACCAUCACUGGCCCUUCCGGAUCUCCUUAUGCUGGUAUAGUGUUUACCAUUAACGUCCGCUAUCCAGACGAUUAUCCUCACAACGCUCUUCGGAUUAUGUUCUCCACCCCAAUCUUCCACCCUAACGUGUCCCCACAAGGCAACGUACAGCUUGCUGAGUUGGAGAAGUCGCAGUGGUCGCCUGCGUUCACUAUACAGACUGUUCUUGUAUCUUUACAGGCGAUGCUGUCGGAUCCGAAUUUUGAAGAAGGCUGUGUGUUGAAUGAGAGCGCGGCUCGUUUGUUCUUGGAAGACUUUACUGGAUUUGAACGAAAAGCGCGACAAUUCGCUUUGACUCAUGCUGGUCAAGAAACGACUCUUCGUUGGGAGCGAUGA